AAUCCACAAAAAAAUUAUAGUGGCUGAGAUUGCUCCUAAGUUUCCCAAACUGACGUUUCUGGAGUAUACGAUCUCGCAACUAGUCUUUCACUUCUGCUUGUUUUCUUUUCAGUGCUCUGAUUAAAGUUUUUUCGAUUCAGAUCCACCAUUGCCGCCAAUAAUGAGUUCUUCGGCAAGUUGCCGGUGAAUUCGAAACAUGCUUGAUUACAAACCUUAUUGAUGCUUUCAGACUGCACAUACUCCAUGGCUUUCUUCAAAGGUUUUGGCGUCUACGGGUUCGUUUUGGUGAGGAUUCUGAAUAAAGGAAUUUUCUUUUAAGUUCUUUCGGAGAAGCGUCUCUGUCUCUCUCUGUUCUGGUGGAUUCUUAUAAUUUCACAAUAAUUUAGUAUAGUUAUUGUUUUACUUUGUAUAAUCAUUAUUUUGUAGUCCUCAGUGAAUGUGAAUUCGAAUGCAUGUUGUACUGAAAUCAAACAAACGGAUCUCUAUCGAUUGCUGUCGCUUUUUUUUCUCUUCUGCAGUAGUGUUGCCUUAUCGGGUUUUGUUCAACAACGGCUUUAUUAAUUGAUGUUGAAAUAAAAAAUGAAGAGAGGUUUUUGUAUUAUCCGUUGCUGGUUAGAGAGUAUUUGAAGCAGCGCUAGCUGCCGAGGUCUGGUGAUGGACACCUAUUCCUCUGGAGAAGAUUUGAUUAUUAAGACGAGGAAGCCUUAUACAAUUACUAAGCAACGAGAGCGGUGGACGGAAGAGGAGCAUAAUAGGUUUCUCGAAGCCCUGAAGCUCUAUGGACGAGCUUGGCAACGCAUUGAAGAACACAUAGGAACAAAGACUGCUGUGCAGAUCAGAAGCCAUGCCCAAAAGUUUUUUUCUAAGCUGGAGAAGGAAGCUCAUUCUAAAGGAGUUCCAAUAGGACAAGCUAUUGAUAUUGACAUACCUCCUCCACGCCCCAAAAGAAAACCACGUAAUCCUUAUCCCCGGAAGACCUACUCAGCUGCUCACACAUUGCAAGUUGGGACAAGAGAUAUAAAAAUUCAAACUCCAGUUUCUGCAUUGAAUUGUAAACAACUAUCAGAUUUAGAGAAAGAACCAUUUUCUGAGAAAAUUGAAGGAGAUGAGAAGCCAACAAAUACGAAAGAUAAUCAAGAUGAAAAUUGCUCAGAAGUGUUUACCCUACAAUGUGAGGCUCACUGUUCCUCUGCUUCAGUAAACAAAAACUCUAUACCAACGCCAUUGGGACUCAGAAACUCGUGCACUCUUAAGGAAUUUGUUCCUGUGCUGAAAGACACAGCCAACCAGGAUGAAACAUAUGAAUCUUAUGUCACGGUUGAACUUGAGGGAAAUGAAAAGAUUGAUAAACCUGAUGCCAAGCAGGCAUUUCAGGAAAAUGGCACAAGUAAAGCAUUGACCUUGGAAAGCUCUAGCCGAGCAGAUAAGAUAUUAGUCCAGGGCGAGAAAACAGAUAAUUUUAAAGAUGCAUCACAGACAGAUGAAAUGCAAGCUGCGCAUAACUAUCCUAGGCAUGUUUCUGUGCACAUUCUUGAUGGGAGCCUUGGAACUGGUACUCAAUCUCCUUCAGAUAUGCCAAUGCAAGAGUCCAUAUUUCACCCUGCAAGAGAAGUUCAUGGAAACUCUAAUUUAUUUACAAAUUCAGCUGCAUCUGCCACUACUGAACAUCAGAGUAAUGUGCCAUCAUCUACUCAUCCAUCAUUUCCAACUUUUCAUCCUCCCUUUACCCCAGUUCGCCAAAAUCAAGAUGACUAUAGAUCAUUUCUCCACAUCUCCUCCACCUUUUCAAGUCUUAUUGUGUCUACUCUGUUACAAAACCCUGCAGCGCAUGCUGCAGCAAGCUUUUCAGCAACAUUUUGGCCUUAUGCAAGUUUGGGAAAUUCUGCAGAUCCUCCUGCAUGUCCACAGGGAGGCUUUCCAUCUAGACAAGUGAAUUCUGCUCCAAGUAUGGCAGCUACUGCUGCUUCCACUGUAGCAGCUGCCACUGCAUGGUGGGCGGCCCAUGGACUGCUUCCCUUGUGUGCUCCUCUCCAUGCUGCAUUUACCUGCCUUCCAUCUACAACAGCAGUUCCGUCAAUGGAUCCUGGUCAAGUUCCAGCAGCCAAAACAGAGAGCAAAGAGAAUACCACUCCAAAUCCUCUCUUGGAUGAUCAGCAACAGGAGCCAGAAUAUUCUGAGGCUUUGCAAGCUCAACAUUCAGCCUCUAAAUCACCUGGUUUAUCCACAUCGGACUCUGAAGAGAGUGCAAGUGCAAAGCUUAAUGCUGGAUCAAAAGCUGCUAGACAUGAGAAGGCUCUGGAAGAAAAUGUGCUUAACGAUUCAGACAAAACAAAGAACAGAAAACAGGUGGACCGCUCCUCGUGUGGUUCAAACGCACCUUCUAGCAGCGAAGUUGAGACAGAUGCACUUGAAAAGCAUGAGAAAGGCGAAAAGGAAUCAAAAGAAGCUGAUCCAAAUCAUCUGGCCGCUGAUUGUAGUACUCGUCGCACUAGAAGCAGCAGCAACGUUAGUGAUUCUUGGAAGGAAGUCUCUGAAGAGGGGCGGCUGGCAUUUCAAGCACUCUUCUUCAGGGAGGUAUUGCCACAAAGCUUUUCACCUCUACAUGAUGUGAAGGACAUGCCAAUGAAGGAUAACACCCAAGUAGAUAAGCAAAAUGGCAAAGACAAAGAUGGAGAUACAUCAACUUUAGAUCUGAACACCAAGACUAGGGGUUCAUGUUGUGGCGAACAAGAGUUGGAGAAUAUUACAAUGUUCAGAGGGGAAAAAAACUGGGAGGAGGGGCCGCUGACAAUUGGGAUUGGACACGGAAAGCUGAAGACUCGUCGAACAGGUUUUAAACCAUACAAAAGAUGUUCAGUGGAGACCAGGGAAAACAGAAUAGUUAAUUCGAGCAACCAAGCAGACGAGAAAGGCCCGAAGAGGAUACGCUUGGAAGGAGAGGCCUCAACUUAGAAAAUUGACGUAGCAUGCAAUUAAGCAAAGAACAACAUUUGUUACUUUGCAUCUAUUUCUAAUUUUCGCCUUUAUCUAUUUUCUUUUGGUGUUUAUUAUCAGGUCCAGAAAACAAGACUUUUCUGUAUAGGUGUGUGUACUAUAUUUGCUUGGGUACCCGUAUAUCGUCUCAUUUGCUUUCUUGAACUCCAGCAACUGUGCUUAUAUCUCUUUUUAAUAGACAAACUCAGACAAGACUCGUUACGUAUUGAAUGGGCCAUGAUCUGCCUUCGUAGCUUCAAAA